GUUUUAUUUAUUUUCUAAGAGAUAAUGCAAAUGCUUGAUGUUUGGCUAAACAAUAAUUUGUUUAUUACUAUACAGUUUUACACCAUUAGCACUCGUUUAAUCGUUUACAUUUUUCUUCUUCGACUCCACCCUUAGAUUGAUUAUAAUUUAUAACUAGUCAGACUAUCUUGUGUCGUAGAAAUUGUUUAUUCAUUCGUUACUUUGUGUCUUUAAUCUAGUGCUCUUCAAUUCGUUACUUUUAUUAUAUUUUUGUUGUUUUUUUUUUUAUUAUUUUGCAAUCACAUAAUAACGGUACCUCACCUGUCCAGCUUAGUGGGGCUUGUUUGGGUGAACACAAACACAGCCUGAUAGUAUAAAUACCAUGUUUCUAAUUUCAUGACAUUGUCCCUUUGCUCGCGGUCGCAAUGCUUCGGUUUUUGAGUAGAAAACGGGGUCGGAAUGAUCCAAAAGCUCGAAAUAUCAAAGCUGGGGCCGAACGUUUAAAUCCUCCAAACAAGCAUUGUAUGCAAUGUAGGGUUAUGCUUUUAGAUGGUACAGACCUAUGCAUUGAACUAUCAAAAAAGGCUGUUGGUAGUGAUUUAUAUGAACAAGUAUUUUAUUCAUUGGAUUUGAUUGAAAAAGAUUACUUUGGUUUACAGUUUACUGAUGCUAAUCAUGUCCAGCAUUGGCUUGAUCCUACAAAAGCAAUAAAAAAACAAGUUAGAAUUGGACCACCAUAUACAUUUCGACUACGCGUUAAAUUCUAUUCUUCAGAACCAAAUAUGCUUCGAGAAGAGUUAACUCGUUAUCAGUUUUUUCUUCAACUUAAAUUAGAUAUCCAUGAAGGUCGGCUUGAAUGUCCACAAAAUACUUGUAUUGAAUUAGCAGCCUUAGCUUUACAAUCUGAACUCGGUGAUUAUGAUGAAACAUGUCAUACUCCUGCUGUUAUUUCUGAAUUUAGAUUUGUACCAAAUCAAACUGAAGAUAUGGAAAUACAAAUUGUAGAAGAAUUCAAAAAAUGUAAAGGCUUAACUCCAGCUCAAGCAGAAACUAGUUAUUUAAAUAAAGUGAAAUGGUUGGAAAUGUAUGGAGUUGAUAAUCAUACUGUUUUAGGUAAAGAUGGAUGUGAAUAUGCUCUUGGUUUAACACCAACAGGCAUUUUAGUUUUUGAAGGCCUUCAAAAAAUUGGACUCUUUUUCUGGCCAAAGAUUGGAAAAUUGGAUUUUAAGAAGAAAAAACUGACUUUGGUAGUCGUAGAAGAUGACGAUCAAGGACGUGAACAAGAGCAUACUUUUGUAUUUCGAUUACAUAAUGAAAAAGCCUGUAAACAUUUAUGGAAAUGUGCUGUUGAACAUCAUGCUUUCUUUAGGCUUCGUGCUCCUGUUAAAGGUCCAUCUGCUAGACAAAAUUUUUUCAGAAUGGGUUCACGGUUUAGAUACAGUGGAAAAACUGAGUUUCAAACAACUCAAUUAAAUAGAGCAAGAAGAACUGUUCAAUUUGAAAGAAGACCAAGUCAACGAUAUGCAAGAAGACAGUCGCAUGUUUUAAGAGAACGACAAAAGGACAAAACAGAAAAACCAAAAAUAGAAAAUGAAAAUGAGAAAAUGGAAAAAAUUAAUAUUAUGGAUAAACCGCCAACUCCUAUUUUAGAUUCCAAAGACAUUCAUCUUGAACCAACUUCCUCAUUAACCUUGAACGCUUCUGAUAUUGCUGAAGAUAGGUUAGACUCAUUGUUAAAAUGUUUAAAUAAAGACACUCCUUUGAUAAACAGCAAAGUAAAUGAAUCAAAUUCGGUUGAUAUAAAUAAUAAAACUGAUGAUUUUGGCAAAGAUCAAAAUCAGUCGUCAUCUCCAUUACCAAACAAUCGAAACAUUUCAUUUAAUACUACUCCAAGACCAAUUCCUAAAGAACAUUUGAAAUGUAACAUUUUAAAAGCUAAAGUUGAAGAAGAAAUGAAGAAAUCUCCUUUGUCCUUGUUUGAUCCAUUAUCUAAAGUGACCAACUUGCAAGAUAAUAAUUUACUACAUAAUGGAGAAUGUAACAUUAAUUCUAAUUCAAAUGCUUUUGGCAAAGAACAAGCAACAUUUGUAUCUGUUGGUGGAGACAAACUGACAUUGUCCCUUAAUGGUGGCAUUGCAGCACCUGAAGAAACUAAACAACCAUUGGAUGAACAACCUAUUUCUGAAACAUCUGUGUCUAAAGAUGACCGUAAAAGAUGUGCCACUCCAGUAACAGUAACCCAUUUCUCUUUCGGUGAAUGUGGGAAAUUAGAACAAAGGGUGGUUUCUCCUGAAAGAAGUCCUACAGAAAGUAUGUCAAGCAUUUUGUCCUUACCAUUUAAUGCCACGUCUCCUACUAGCCCUCGUAACCCAUUUUCGGCAAAUCCGUUUAUUGGUGAUUCACAACCUGCAAUAACUAAUCCAUUCUUAUCAUCAUCUUCAAAUCCAUUUGCUGAUAAUGGUAUAAAAAAAGAUUCCACUAAUGAUGUCGAAGUUGCUGUUGAUUCAAAUACUGGCAUAAAUGGUGUAACAAAUUCUAAUACUAAGGUAGCCCAAAAAAAUCAGGAACCUACUAAAAUGAAGCCUUUAAAUCAAAUUUCUCCAUGGCUAAUUAGUAGUGGUGCUGAGACUUCAUCAGGGCCCAAAAUAAUAACCAGGAAGUCUGUAAUCACAACACAACUUUAAAAAUGGAAUGUUGAAACCUUAUACUGGUUACUGUUAUAUCAGAAAUGUUGGAAAUGCUAUUAAAAAUUUAAUAAUGCGUUAUUACUUAUACAUAUAUAUUCAAAAUAAAUUUGUGAUAGAAAUACAAAGAAUGAAAUAGAAAAAUAGCUAGGUAUUGCAAAUUUUUAAAUUAGGCAUCACAAAUUUUUUCCAUGAAUG